GAAAUAAAAAUAUUCUAUUAUUAACUAACAUGAAGUCGUUUUUAGCUAAACUAAACAUUUUAUUGAUCUUAUUAUUUUAUGUUAAAACCACCGCAGCUGCAACUAAGCAGAGCGAACCUAUUUUAUCUGGUGUUCGAGCCUCUCCAGGUGAAUAUCCCUGGCAUGUUCUUAUAAAAAAAGAAUCAGGAGGUUCAUUAUUAGGCGGAGGUUCUGUUAUUAGCAAUACAUGGGUUUUAACAGCUGCUCAUUGUCUUAAAAACAAGCAAACCGUUUUUAUGCAAUUUGGAACCGUAGAGUUCGAUAGCAAUGCACUUGGUAUGACUUCUACUAGAUUGAUUAUACACCCUCAAUUUAAUCCAAGAUCUUACGUAAAUGAUGUAGGACUUGUUGAGUUACCCACACCAUUAACCUAUAAUACAUUUAUUCAACCCAUUGCCUUAGUGACAUCGUCAGAAGCUGCAAACACUAAUUUUACAGGCGUUGUUACAUUUCUUAGUGGUUAUGGCUAUUACGACGAUAAAGUUCGUAAAUUGUCCCCAUGGUUGUUAUGGGGUUCCGAGAAAGUUGUAUAUAAUAGUGUUUGUGCGGAAACACUUGGACCAAUGGAAGAUUCACAGAUGUGUACGGUUGGUUACACAAUUGAUAAGCAAAAUCCAUGUAAAGGUGACUCUGGUGGUCCUUUAGUUUGGAGAAAUCCUUCGCGUAAGCUUAAACAAAUAGCUGUGUUUUCUUUUGGAAGAUUAAGAAAUUGUUUAGAUUAUCCAGCGGGUUAUGUUAGAGUUGCCUCGUUUUUAGAUUAUAUUCGUAAUGUAACGGGUGUAACACCUGAAUAAGUUAUGAGAAGUCGAUGUGUUUUAGAUACUAUCGUGUACUAUUUGGAAAUAAAAACAUAAAACAA